AUGGGGAUCUACCUAUUCUGCUUGUGUGUUAAUUCCCCCCAGUUAGCGGGCAGCAUACUUGGAUCAACAUCAUCAUCACCACCUCCUCCUCCACAAUCACCUGGGCCCGUUAUAGCCCGCCUGUUCGAAAAAUCCCUAUAUGACCUCAUUCGAGGCAUGCGCAACCACAAGGGCAGCGAGAAGGAGUACAUCAACGACUCUAUAAAAGAAUGCCGCAAGGAAAUCCGCUCCAACGACAUGGAUCUCAAGUCGACCGCACUCAUGAAGCUCACAUACCUCGAGAUGUUUGGCCACGAUAUGUCCUGGGCUUCUUUCAACGUCCUCGAAGUCAUGUCCUCGCAGAAAUACAGGCACAAGCGCACCGGGUACCUCUCCGCGGUACAGAGCUUUCGACGCGACACCGAAGUCUUGAUGCUUGCCGAAAACCAGCUCAAGAAGGACAUUUCGAGCCCCACACCCACAGUCAUUUCGCUACCUCUUAUUGCCAUCCCCCACGUCAUCAACCCGAGCAUGGCAAACUCGGUGCUCUCGGAUCUGCUGCCCAGACUGACGCAUUCCCAUGCCGCGAUCCGGAAGAAGACCGUGGCCACUUUAUACCGACUGGCCCUUGUAUACCCCGAAACCUUGCGCCCCGCCUGGCCUAAGAUCAGGGAAAGGCUGCAGGACGAGCAUGAGAAUCCAAGUGUCACCGCCGCCAUCGUGAAUGUUGUAUGCGAGCUGGGGUGGAGAAGGCCGCAAGACUUUCUGCCUCUUGCGCCGCGACUCUUCGAGUUGCUCGUAGAAGGAGGCAACAACUGGAUGGCUAUUAAACUGAUUAAACUUUUCGCUACCCUAACGCCCAUCGAGCCGAGAUUAAUUAAGAAGCUUCUUCCGCCGUUGACUAAGAUUAUUCGAGAAACAGGGGCAAUGUCUUUAUUGUACGAGUGCAUCAACGGGAUCAUUCAGGGGGGUAUUCUCGAGGCAGUCGAAGGUACCACAGAAGGAGAAGAAGUAGCCCGGCUGUGUGUCGGCAAACUCAGGGGCAUGAUGGUCAUUGAGGGCGACGCCAACUUGAAAUAUGUGGCUUUGCUCGCCUUUGAUAAGAUCGUCCGCUCCCAUCCGUAUUUGGUCUCGCAACAGCAAGACGUCAUCUUGGAGUGCAUCGAUGAUCCUGACAUCUCCAUACGAAUGCGUGCCCUUGAUCUAGUAGUCGGUAUGGUCAACAGCGAGAACCUAAAUGCCAUUGUCGGCCGUCUCAUGCGUCAACUGCGGAAUGCGCCCAUAGCUUCUGCUGCCGAUGAUCCCAACAACGAUAGGGGACGCAAUACCGGCGUGAUCCCGUACGCCGAUGAGGAAGAUUCGGACGCUGAAGAGUCGCUCCGGCCACACGAACAGACCUCAAAUCAGCCGCCACCGCUGCCAGAGGACUACCGUGUGAGCGUCAUCAAGAGGAUCUUGGAAAUGUGCUCGCGUGACACAUACAGCAACAUCACUGACUUUGAAUGGUACAUUGACGUUUUGAUUCAGCUGGUCCGUGUUUCUCCUGCCAUCAAUGCCACCCUCACAACAGACGAGGACGAGACCGAGAGUACAGAUGAUGUAGGCUCUAGCAUCGGACGAGAACUGCAGAAUGUGGCAGUCAGGGUAAAAAGCUUAAGAUCAGAGGCAGUCGAAGCCGCUCAAUCACUGGUGUUUGUCGAUCGACGGGACCAAAUGUUUCCCUCCUCUGGCAACGGUGGUCUCGGUGUGCUCGAAUACGCCGGAUGGCUGGUUGGCGAGUAUGCCAACUAUCUCACCCAACCAGAGCCUGUGUUGAACUCGAUAUUACAUUCGUCCACCGUCCAACUGCCUUCAAAAACCCUUGCAGUCUAUCUCCAAGCGCUACCCAAGGUCUUUGCUUCGCUCGCAAGCAACGACCAGCUGUCGUGGACCCCCGAACGCCAAACGCUCAUGUCUCUUCUCAUGGCUCGUAUCAUCCACUUCCUCGAACCCCUAUCUACUCAUCCAAGCCUAGAAGUACAAGAACGUGCAGUCGAAUACCUCGAACUCAUGCGUUUAGCCUCGGAAGCGGCUUCUGGAACAACAACAGGUCCUGAACAUGGCGACUUCACCGACCCGCCACUUCUCCUUACCCAAGCCAUCCCCGCGCUCUUCAUCGGCGCAGAAAUUAAUCCCGUAGCAGCGGGCGCGCAGCACAAAGUCCCUCUACCCUCGGACCUCGACCUCGACACCCCAAUCAACCCCAACCUUCAAUACCUUCUCUCGCAAGCCGACCUCGAAGGUUUCGCGACCGAUGACGACGACGACGUCUACGCCGCCUACACUGAACCCCUAACCUCAUCCACCACCGCCGCAGAAACAACCAACAUCUCCGCAUCAGACCGUCUAGACGCGCCACACAAAGAACCAACAUCCUACCAAAACGCCGCCGAAGAAGAAUACCUCGACCCAGAUAUCCUAGCCCGCCGCAAAGCCGAGCGCAAAGAGCGCUACAAAGACGACCCCUUCUACAUCGACCCGGACGGCGCCGACAAAUCCGCCAGCGGAUCUGGUGCUGUAACACCCUUGAGUCGCAUCGUGCGCGAAAACAAUAGUACUGCCGACGUCGACAUCGACUCCAUCCCUAUCAUGGACCUACACCUCGACUCCUCAAGCGCCGCGCGAAGCCGCAGCCCACGUCGCCAACCACAGCAACCCGCUGCCUCACGGCGGCGCGUCGAGAUCAUGGCCGACGAGACGCUAGGUGGUGCUUCUUCCGACCCCUCCGACUCGUCUUCGUCCCGUACGCCCGCACACCUCCUCCCUCCCUCAGGCAAAUCACGCAAACAGCUCCUCCAGGUCGAUUCCUCUGGUCUGGGAUCCCUGUCUCUCGUUGAUGACGAUGACGAGCAGAGCACCCGUCUCCCGCGACAUAUCACGCGCGCCGAGCAAGAGCGCCGCGAGAUGGAGGAGGCGGAGAUGAAGCGAGCGCUUGCGGAGGUGGAGCGGAAGAGACUAGAGAUGCAGCGCGCGAGCGAGAGGAUCGAAGCUGUUGGCGGUGAAGUCGUGGUCAGUCGGAAGAAGAAGAAGAAGAAAGUUGCUGCUGCUCCCAAGAUGGCUGGUGAUGUCGGUCCCUCUGCUGCUGCAGAGGCAGAGGACAACAACGGCGAGGAAGCCGUCGUCAAGAAAAAGAAGAAGAAGAAGAUCAAGAAGGACGACAACGGUGACGGUGAAAAUCAGAGAGAUGACGAUCAAGGACAUGCAGGCGAGGAAGCGCCUGAGACUGCGCCGGUUAAGAAGAAGAAAAAGAAGAGGAGAGUUGUUGGGUUGGAUGAUUGA